GUGCAGAGACCGAUGCAUUUUGAUCGGAAUGGCACCGCCAAGCUGCCAGAACAUCCAGGCGUCAAUUGUUCAGCACGGUGAGAGAAUCAGCGGCAUGGAACUAUCGACAAUGGUGUCGGCGAGUCACACAGCGCCCGACAAGAGGCUGCAGCUCUGCCGCUUGAUUCCGCGACGACGAAAGAGCUGCCAACUCACUACAGUUGGAGAGCUGUCAGUGGUCACGCCAUGGCGCGACUUCAGUUGCAUUACAAUACGGCACCAGUAACCGGUAGCAAAACGAGAGGAGCGGCAGGAGAUGACCGGUGGCGUUCAUCCGAUCGGGGCGUCGCGACAAUAACUGCACCGAGACCCUAGUUUGAGUCGGCGUUGAUGCCCAACGGCAGCAGCUGCAAUUGUGCCUUGUGGAUUGUGCCGUAACAGUUACGGGUCGGAUUUGUGACGUUAGGACCAUUGUUUUGAACGUUAGGACUAUUUUUGACAUCUGAGUCCGACGAACGCAAGAUUAUCAUCAAGCUGAUUCCUGCGAAUUCGCGAUCGAGCGAGGAUCCGUGUGGUCGUUACGCGACCUGGAUGUUGAAGAGCUGUACGGUAAGAGUCUACCAUCCAUCCAGCUAACCAGCCAGACCAAGAGCUCGGUUUACGCCUUAGACUCUAUAAUAGAGGCUUACCAAACAAGCUCAAUAAUGCCUGCUUUUUACUCCGACUAAAAUUAUCUUGGUCAAAUUAAGUUGAUGUGCAGAACACCAUGCAUGAUCCACCUGGAGCGCUUAACAUACAAGCCAUCA